CUCGGCAACGUCGCCAGUGCCACGUCAGAUGCGACGUAGCAGGAGGUGUAGUCCGGGUGGGAGGCGCCGGCAGCAGCACAAAGUAAACUCGGCUCAGACAUUACUGGUGCCUCACGCCGGAGGAGCGUCUGUGAGAGUUAAUCAAAACCAACAUCCAUCAUGGACCCCAGUGUCAGCGGACUCACUCAGAGGUUGGCCGAAGCCGGCCAGUCUCACCUCCUGCAGUUCUGGGGCGAGCUGAGCCCUGAGCAGCAGGCCGACCUUACCCUUGACCUGCAAGGAAUGGACUUUAAAGAGAUCAAUGGAUUCUUCAAGAACGCCAUGGAGGUGUCCAGCAGCAGCAAGCACGAGAAGAUGGACGCCCGCAUGGAGCCGGUGCCCCGGGAGGUGCUGGGGAGUGUGUCGAGGGACAGGGGGAGUCUCAAAGAGUGGGAGCAAGCAGGUCUUCACCACAUCUCUCAGAGUAAAGUGGCAGCUCUGCUGCUGGCUGGGGGCCAAGGAACCAGACUGGGGGUCUCUUACCCCAAAGGCAUGUAUGAUGUGGGGCUGCCGUCACACAAAACCCUCUUUCAGAUCCAGGCCGAACGCAUUCUGAAGCUGCAACAGCUGGCGGAGCAGCAGCACAAAAUCAAGUGCUGUAUUCCCUGGUACAUCAUGACCAGCGGAAGGACAAUGGAGUCCACCAAGGACUUCUUCUCGAGACACAACUACUUUGGCUUGGACAAGAGCAACAUCAUCUUCUUCCAGCAGGGCAUGCUUCCCGCCAUGGACUACAAUGGCAAGAUCAUCCUUGAGAGCAAAGGGAAGCUCUCCAUGGCCCCUGAUGGAAAUGGGGGUCUUUACAGAGCCCUGGGGAACCAGGGCAUCAUGGAGGACAUGGAGCGGAGGGGGAUCCAGUUCAUCCAUGUGUACUGUGUAGAUAACAUCCUGGUCAAAGUCGCAGAUCCCACCUUUGUUGGUUUCUGUGUGCAGAAGGGAGCAGACUGUGGAGCUAAGGUGGUGGAGAAAACCAAUCCGACAGAGGCCGUCGGUGUGGUCUGCAAGGUGGACGGGCAUUACCAGGUGGUGGAGUACAGUGAGAUCACCCUGGCGACGGCUGAGAAGCGCAGCUCCGACGGUCGACUGAUGUUCAAUGCGGGAAACGUGGCCAAUCACUUCUUCAGCUUUCCCUUCCUCAGAGACGUAGUGCAGAAGUACGAGCCAAAGCUGCAGCACCACGUGGCCCAGAAGAAAAUCCCAUUUGUGGAUUCACAGGGUCAUCUAAUCAAACCAGACAAACCAAAUGGGAUUAAAAUGGAAAAGUUUGUCUUUGACAUCUUCCAGUUUGCCAAGACGUUUGCUGUGUAUGAAGUGCUGCGGGAGGACGAGUUCUCCCCGCUGAAGAAUGCAGACAGUCAGGAUGGAAAGGACACACCCUCCACAGCCAAACACGCCCUCAUUUCCCUCCACCACCGCUGGGUGCUCAACGCUGGGGGCCACUUCAUCGACGAGAAUGGCAGACGCGUGCCUGCCAUACCCAGAGACGGAGCAGCAGGCAGUGUCACAGAUGAUGGCAACAGAAACCUGAAGGACGGAACAGACCUGCCAAUCAAAUGUGAGAUCUGCCCUCUGGUGUCCUACGGGGGAGAGGGCCUUGAAGAGUUGGUGAAAGGACGAGAGUUUCAUCCCACGCUGAUGAUCGACGAACAUGGAGUCCAUGAGCUGGUGAAAAACGGAGUUUAAAGAAUGAGAGGAAGAGAGACAUCCCAAAGACCAACCUGCCUUUGUCUCUUAACUUCUUGAACUUUAGUUUAAUCGCUGUGCAAUAACAAAUGUCACGUGCAUGGGUUCCUGAAAAUGACUUUCCUGUCCCAAAAGAUGAAUGAAUGAAUAAGAUGAAGUGUUUAGUGUUGUUUGCAUCAUAUAUCAGCAUCACUCCCAGUUCAUAUUUGUUAUGAAGAACACUUGAACACAGCAUGAGAUGAAGGACAAAAUCCCUGUCAUGGUGACUGGAUGAAGCAGUCUUCAGGUGCAUCUAUUUAUUUUGCUUAUGAGACUUAUUUUUAUAUGUAUCAAUAGAUGCUUUAUAGGUGGAAAUUACCAUCUAGUCAUUUAUCCUGAUGAUUUUUAUACAAUAUUGGACUGACAUGAAAUGAUCUUGGAGUGAUUUCUUAACAGCAUGUAAUUACGGUACAUGGUACGGGCUGUGGGGGGGUAUUUAUAAUAUUUGCUUCUUUUCUGAUUGUAAUCAUUAAAGAUUAGAUACUAUUCAGCUUUAAGACUAAA